GGUCUUCCUGGACACCUUCGCUAAUGUUUGUUUAGAAUCGCCAUUGUCAACAGUGACAAAUGCAAGCCGAAGAAAUGUCGACAAGAAUGCAAGAAGUCGUGCCCGGUGGUCCGCAGUGGCAAGCUAUGUAUUGAGGUCGCAUCCGAUUCGAAGCUUGCCUUCAUCUCGGAGUCCCUAUGCAUUGGUUGUGGUAUCUGCCCCAAGAAGUGUCCUUUCAGUGCCAUUACCAUCAUCAAUUUGCCGACAAACCUCGAGUCCCAAGUAACACACCGCUAUUCAGCCAAUAGCUUCAAACUGCACCGCCUGCCCAUGCCACGACCGGGCCAAGUUCUGGGUCUCGUUGGAACAAACGGUAUUGGAAAGAGUACCGCGCUCAAGAUUCUCAGCGGGAAGCUCAAGCCCAACUUGGGACGGCACGACAACCCCCCUGACUGGGAGGAUGUUAUUAAGCACUUCAGAGGAUCUGAGCUGCAGAACUACUUCACCAAGAUCCUCGAAGAUGACUUGAAGGCUAUUGUGAAGCCUCAGUAUGUCGACCAGAUCCCUAAGGCUGUCCGGACCCCGGACAAGUCAGUCAAGGGAUUGCUACAGGGGCGCGCCUCGCUCGGCAACCUGGAUCAGAUCCUCGAUGUGCUUGAACUCCGCCAUCUUCUAGAGCGAGACGUUAAUCAACUCUCUGGUGGUGAGCUUCAGCGAUUUGCUAUCGGCACUGUCUGCGUCCAGAAAGCCGAUGUGUAUAUGUUCGACGAACCGUCUUCUUACCUGGAUGUGAAGCAGCGUCUCGCCGCUGCCAGAAUCAUCCGGUCUCUCUUGAAAUCUACCAAUUAUGUCAUCGUGGUAGAGCACGAUCUGUCAGUUCUCGACUACCUUUCCGACUAUAUCUGCGUUCUGUACGGUCGGCCCGCUGUCUAUGGUGUCGUCACACUGCCUCACUCUGUUCGUGAAGGUAUCAACAUCUUCCUGGAUGGUCAUAUUCCGACGGAGAAUUUGCGUUUCCGCGAGGAGUCGUUGACAUUCCGUCUCUCUGAAGGUGCCGAUGACUUUGUCACUGACCGGAGUCGCGCCUUCAACUACCCCAAGAUGGAGAAGACCCUGGGCAACUUCAAGCUGCGCAUUGACAAGGGCGACUUCACCGACUCGGAAAUCAUCGUCAUGAUGGGUGAGAACGGGACGGGAAAGACCACUUUCUGUAAGAUGUUGGCAGGUGCUCUCAAGCCCGAUGGCACCCAAAAGGUUCCCGAUAUGAAGAUCAGCAUGAAGCCUCAGACCAUCACGCCCAAAUUCGAUGGUACCGUUCGGCAACUUUUCUUCAAGAAGAUCAGAUCCAUGUUCUUGUCGCCGCAGUUCCAAACCGAUGUCGUCAAACCCCUGAAACUCGACGACUUCAUUGACCAAGAAGUCAAGAACCUGUCUGGUGGUGAAUUGCAACGUGUAGCCAUUGUUCUGGCACUCGGCAUUCCCGCGGAUAUCUACCUGAUCGACGAGCCUUCUGCCUACCUGGACUCUGAACAGCGUAUCAUUGCAGCCCGUGUCAUCAAGCGUUUCAUCAUGCACGCCAAGAAGACAGCCUUUAUCGUGGAGCACGAUUUCAUCAUGGCUACAUACCUGGCUGAUCGUGUGAUCGUCUUCGAUGGUCAGCCCGGUGUCAAUGCCCAUGCUAACACCCCAGAGUCGCUUUUGACUGGUUGCAACGCCUUCUUGAAGAAUCUCGACGUCACUUUCCGACGCGAUCCCACCAACUACCGUCCUCGCAUCAAUAAGCUGAACAGUCAGCUAGACCAGGAUCAGAAACUGAAUGGAAACUACGUAAGAUUCCCCUUUCCCCGACGAUUCAUACUUGAAACAUCACAUUGCUAACAAGUUCAAUAGUUCUUCUUGGAAGAGGAUAGUUCUAGUUCCUGAAAAGGGCGUCCCCCAUCGUGAGCGCCGUCGGAACAAGAACGAUGGCCGUAAUGUACAACAUGACAGCGACGGGCAUCCGUACAUACCUCUACCUGAUUUUGGCGUGUUAGGCAUCCAAAAUUGGAGUAAGCGCAGCGCCGCCGGAUUACAGGACUCGUCGGGUUCAGACGAGGAGGGCAGUGGCGAAGAUGCUCAUGAGCCUGACGGCUAACGCGGCGACGGCAGUCUAUCCCCUGUUCUGCCUGGUCCUAUGAAGAGCAAUAAUCAGCUGCAUUGGUGCCUUGAAAGCAGAGAACAUCUUCUAUAUAGAUCAGAGAUACUCUUGGCACCAAUUUCGUAGAUUGAGGGGCAAACGGAAGAAGUGGGUGACUGCCGUCUACUGCAUUGCAUGA